AUGGACGACCACGUCAGGGAGUUCUUCGCCGUGACUGGAUUCCCACAAGCUGUUGGUGCCCUCGAUGGCUGCCACUUCGCCAUAUCACCACCAAAGGAACACGCUGCGGACUGCUACAAUUACAAGGGAUGGGCCAACUACUACGCCAAUGGGCGCCAGGUGCGCGGCUACCACAUGGUCAACGUGGCUCUACACUGCGCAUGCUCUGUUCUGGUGGCCAUCGUCGCACGCUGCGUGAUGCGGAUACCUGCCCUCCACGCGUGCCUGGCUGCGACGCUGUUCGCUGCUCAUCCUGUGCACACGGAGGCCGUGUCCAGCAUAGUUGGCCGAGCCGAAGUGCUGUGCUGCCUGUUCUUUCUGCUCUCGUUCCUCUGCUACCACUGCUGCCAAUCCAGUCGUGGCAAAGGAGGUCACGGAAGGUCGAUGUGGCUCGCAGCCUGCGGUCUGUGUGCCGUAUGCGCGCUGCUCUCCAAGGAGCAAGGCAUCACCGUGCUGCCGCUCUGCAUGGCCCUGAGGUUCCGCGCACUAGUCGUUGAUUCUACGACUCCAGAACGACAGAUGCAGUGCCAUACGUCCCACCGACGACGGUGGCCAAUCUGCAGACACUGCGUGCGAGAUACGGUCUACCGAUGCUUCUGGGAUCGUGACCUUGCCGCCCUUGCGGCAUUGGAAAGACAGAAGACUCUUUAUGACAACCGUCAUCGUGAUGUCCAGUUCUCUGCCGGCGACCUCGUUACUCCUUUGGACUUCUUCGCGGCGUGUGGCGCCUAUCGGAAAAACUACUCUCCUGGUACUCUGGCCCUUACCGCUUCGUCCAACAGCUCACUGAUGCCACCUAUAAAAUAG